CGUCAGCUCUGACUCCCACCUCCACACCCCCAUGUACUUCUUCCUCUCCAGCCUGUCCUUGUCUGACAUCUGUAUGAGCACAACCACCAUCCCAAAGAUGCUGAUGAAUAUUCAAGCACAGGAUCAGAGCAUCACCUACCCUGGCUGCCUCACUCAGAGCACCGCUGUCAUGACUUUUUGUGGUGUAGACAAUUGUCUCCUUGCAGUGAUGGCCUAUGACCACUAUGUGGCCAUUUGUCAGCCCCUAAGAUACCAGGUCAUACUGACACCUGACUUCUGUGUCUCUCUGGUUCUUCUCUCCCUGCUCAUCAGCAAUGGGCACGCCCCACUCCAGACUCCGAUGGCGCUGCGGCUGACCUUCUGCACAAAUGUGGAGAUCCCUCACUUCUUCUGUGAACUUGCUCAGAUCUUCAAGCUGGCCUGCUCUGAUACCUUUGUAAAUACCCUUCUGAUAUAUUCAGCAGCAAACAUAUUUUUUGGUGUUCCUACAGCUGGAGUUAUUUUAUCCUAUGCUAAAAUUGUCUUCUCUGUUUUCAGAAUGCCCUCAGUGGCCGGAAGGUAUAAAGUUUUUGCCACCUGUGGGUCUCACCUCUCUGUGGUUUCCUUAUCCUAUGGGCCAGCUUUUGGUGUGUACUUGAAUUCUGCCAUUACUGACUCUUCCACUAAUAAUGCAGUGGCUUUGGUGAUGUACGUUGUGAUCCCUCAAAUGAUGAACCCCUUUAUCUACAGUCUGAGAAACAGAGAAAUGAAGACGGCUCUCAGGCACCUCAUUACUGGGAAUCCUUUUACAUUCUUGUGUCAUUAGCUUUGAGUUUGAAUUUUUAGAAUGUGACAAAAUGCCAAAGAUGCAGGUGAGACAGAAAACCUGUCUCUCAAAUCACCACUUUCCUUCAAGGCGACUGCAAGAUAUGAUGCCUAAGCACAUUUGAACUUGUACUUUAAGCUCCUGUUAGAUUCGUCCAAUUUUGUGCUAUUUGGCAAAUGAUUUCUCUAAGCUCUAUUGUGUUUGUUCUAACUGCUUAGAAUAAAAGGUUUCCGUCUCAGGAACUAUUUUUAGACCUGUUUCAGAGAGGGCAAUACUGGAGCAGUGGACGGAACAGUGAUACAUAUGAGAGAGUCUGUGUUGAUUUCGAAAGAUGAGCUUCUGAGCUAUCCUGCGUGCUCCCAUAGUUGUAGUCAUAGUUUGUGAGUUUUAACACAUGUGAAGCUAAUGAUCUGAACUGUUGUCCAUAUUUAAGUCAGCGCUGAUAUUUUCCCAGUAACUGGACCCUUCUGAGGUCAUACUAACAUCUCCCCUGUU